AUGGCUGCACAUGGGCAGGGACUCCCAGAGAGUCCUUCCCUUAGCCUCAGGACCCGUGGGCAUGGCAUCUGUCUCCCCCCAGGUGACAGGCUCCUGCAGGUAGACAGAAAGAGUCUGAGUGGCUUCACCCACAAGCAGGCCGUGCAGUGCCUCAAGGGCUCUGGGCAGGUAAGGGCACCCUCACUCAUUCCUGAGAGAAAGAAGCCCAGGACUUCACAGCAGUGUCCUUCUGUUAAUAGCAGGACGGGAGUUGAAUGCACGGCUGUUUCCUUGGCAACAGCCUUGCCUGGCAGGCCUGCAAGCUGUGUCUCAGUGACAGAUGGUGUGAAGUUUGAAUUCAAACUGAGGAAGACUGCUGGUGGUGUGGGAUUCCGUUUUGUGCAGAUGGAAGAGAGCUGCAGCCACCUCAAUAAUGAUCUUGUGAGGAAUAAGCGGCUCUUCCCAGGGCAGCAGCUGAGGAGAGCAGCCAUCACAGCUGGUGGCAUUAUCCUGGCUGCAAAUGGAAAGCCCACGGACGUCCUCUUCCAGGCGGUGCUCCAUUUACUGCGAGGGGUCUCAGAAGUCACACUCCUGCUUUGCGGACCUCCGGGGGUCUUGCCUGAGAUGGACCAGGGCUGGCAGGCAAGAUGUGGUGCCCUUGCCCUCUCCAUAGGCCUCACGUCAGGCACCCCGUUUCCUGGCUGUUCUGUUCUUGGGGUGCUCUCAGAGUCCUUGCCCCCGGAAGAGUCCCCUGAUAGUGAGAGCGAAUGGGAGGACGGAGAGGAGCUCACAGACCCAGGUGAUGGCGCCCUCAGCUGGAAGGUGGGCGUGCAGGUGGGACUGCUCAAGGCCCGCGGGCUUAGCCUGGGCUCCACGGAGCAGCCCACCGAUGCGCUUCAAGGUGUCCAUUGA